AUUUCUAAUUGAGUUUCAAAGACGAUAACAAGUGGAAGUUUCAGACAUGCCGCAGGCCAAGCUCCAGCUAAGUCCACAUGAUCAACAGGUAUUGGAUUCCAUCUUCAAUCCUCUAGAGCUGAGCGGCAUCGGCUCCCACAAUGUGGAAAUCCAACCCGAAAUGGAGCUGCUCGAUGAGCAGCCCGAUUCACCGCUCCUUCCGGCCUCUAGAGAGCUGGAGCUGCAGGGGGUGAGACUGGCAGAGCGUGGGGAAUUGGAGCAGGCGCUGCUGGCAUUCGAGAAGGCUUUAAAUUUAAUGGAGCGUGCCUCUAUAUUCAACAAUCGGGCGCAGGCCCUGCGUUUGGCCAAGCGAGAUGAAGAGGCGCUUAGUGAUCUAAAUCGCGCUCUGGAGCUCGCAACUGAGAAGCCGGCACGCACCAAAUGCCACGCCCACUGCCAACGCGGUGUCUUGCAUCGAAAGCUAGAAAAUUUGGAUGCAGCACGCGCGGACUUCGAAGCUGCUGCACAGCUGGGCAGUAAAUUUGCGCGAGAGCAGCUAGUCGAAAUAAAUCCCUUUGCGGCGCUCUGCAAUCAAAUGCUGCGCCAGGCCUUCGAUCAGCUCAAGUGAGCGAGACGUGAGCUUUGAUUUAGGCCAAGAGCCGAGAGGCCUCGUUAAAAUAAAUAAACAUUAAUUAAGCUGCGA